AUGGCAAACAAGUUUGGAUUAGGGUCUUUACCUCUAGAAUCCAAAAAUCUCAUGACGACGUUUAUAAACAAAGCGAAACCUUUUUUCGUGGAUCAAAUCGGAGACACCUUACAAGGGGAUAUCGAUAUGAACAAUUUCAAAACAACUAAUUUAAAGUUUCCAGGAAACGAUAACGAUGCCGUGAACAAGAAAUAUUUACUGGAUCAAAUAAACGCAAUUCAAAUAGAUAAGGACCAUGUUGAAAAUAGAAUAAAUGAAGUGAAAAGAUACCUCAGACGAAAUAUUAAAAAUCUUGUGGACGAACCCAAACUACAACAAGAGUUAAUGAGUUUGAAACGUCUUAUUCAAUUGGAUAAAACAAACACCUUUAAAAUGGAAGUAGAAAAUGAUAAGGAUAUCAUUGGAAUCAAAGAUUUAGAUAUGAUAUUGGAGACGGAAAAUCCACCAUCAACCAACAUUGUCAAAAUUCCACGACGCUUACACGUACACGGAAAAAUAGAAUCGACCAGUCACGAGUUUUUACGAACAACAGACUUUGAAUACGUAAAACUAUAUUUCGCUUUAGGUGAAAAAUACACCUCGAUCGAUGUUCAUAAAAGUCAACAAGAAAGAGAGUUUAUAGUGCAUGUAUCGUUUGCCGAAGACUUCAUCCUUGAAGGUGGUGGUUUUAUUUUUAGAGCCAAGAUAAACAUCGAAAAAGAAAAAAGAAAAUAUUCCUAUCAUCUUAAAGAGGACCAUACGAAAAAAGAAAUGUCGUUAGUACGCGUAAAUGUUUUUACUUUUAAUACCCGCAAAUAUAAUAAUGCUAUGCCAAACAAGCGCGCUCUAUACGAUAUUCCGUGGUUCCAUUUAUCGGAAAUUCACUUAAUUUAA